ACAUAUCAGUAAUUGAAAUAUAUGUUUAUAAUUGAAAUCAACUUGAAUUUAAUUGGAUAAUAUUUAUACGUUACAAACACCAUUGAAUACCUACACUAAUUCAUUUUAAAUGUGGAUGUAGAAGAAACCAAAGGAAACUGACAUGUUGACAUUUGCAAAGUUACGAAAUGAGUUGUCAAUGAUUGCGUGAUACUACACUUUAAACUUCAGAUGCACAAUGUUAAAGUAAAAAAUCAGCGCCUUUCUAUGAUUAUUUGUGUUAACACGAAGGUCAACAAAGCACUAUUUUUCCAAAGAACUGUCAAAUGCACAGAGGUUAUAAAUAAAUAAUCCAACAGUGAUAUUCAACUGAUUAAUUUUUCAUUUAUAUUAUAAAACUUAAUAAAAUUUCCUCGUGGUUUAUCAACGAAAUUAUGUAGUCACGAUGGUGGCAAAUACAGGAAGUGAUAUGACUGGAUCUAUUUAUCAUGAAAGACAAGUAAAAGAGCUUUGUGCUCUACAUGCAUUAAAUAAUUUAUUUCAAGAACGAGGUUUUAGUAAGCAAGAAUUAGAUCAAAUUUGUUAUAGCUUAAGUCCUGCAGUGUGGAUUAAUCCUCACAAAUCUUUAUUAGGACUUGGAAAUUAUGACAUUAAUGUUAUUAUGGCUGCAUUACAACGAAGAGGCCGUGAAGCAGUUUGGUUUGAUAAACGCAAAGAUCCAAAGUGUCUUUGCCUUGACAAAAUUGAAGGUUUUAUAUUAAAUGUUCCAACAGAAUAUAAAUUGGGUUUUGUGUUACUCCCAUUGAAAAGACGCCACUGGAUUGCCUUGAAAAAAAUUCAUGGUGCCUUUUAUAAUUUAGAUUCAAAGUUAGAUACACCACAACUUAUAGGAAAAGAUAAUGAAUUACUUAUAUAUCUCAAGGACCAAAUAGACAGUAAGGAAAAGGAAUUAUUUCUUGUUGUCUCUAGAGAAAUAGAUAGUAAUCAAGGAUGGUUAAUGGAACCAUAUGAAAUUAAAGAAGAUAAUAAUACUGAUCAUGAUUCAAUCAGGUAUAUUGAAGAUGGUUAUCCAUCAGAUAUAGAUGUAAAGAAAUCAGAAUCUAAAGAAAUGAAUGAAAAUGAGGAAUUAAUAUGUAAUAAAAAUACUAGAUAAUUUUUACUCAAUAUUAAAAGUGUGAUAUUAUUGAGAAAUAUAAUUUAUGAAGGAUGGAAUUAAGGCAAAUGAUCAAUGGAUUUUUCAAACUAUAAGGAAAAUUAUCAGAAGAAAAAAUAGUUAGAGUUAAUAAAUGUUUUGCACAGAACUCUACAAGGUAGUAGUUCUGACUCUAUUUACACAAAUAUCUUAAUACACUGAGACUGUUGAAUAUAUAAUUUGAAUUUCUAACUAAUAACACACAUGAGUAUUAUUAAAGCUUGUACGUGAUGCACUUGAUGAAAGUUCAAAAGAACUGUUUGUGCUAAAAAUUUGAAAUUUAUGCUGCUCUUAAAUUAUGAUUAUAUACAAAAAGUACUAUAUUUUUCCAAAGAUGCAUUAGAGGAUUUUUGUUAUUGAUGAAAGAUUAUUUAUUUAUUAUUUGUUAUCGUAAAUGCUAAAAUAAAUAUUUAAUAUUUAUAUUAUUAUUUAUAUUAUAUAUAUAUUAUUAGCUGACAUUGUGUGUAGUUUUUAAUUUUGCACAUUUAUACAAAUAAAUUAUUUUCUAUAUUAUACAGAUAGAGAAAUGCAAGAUUUUAUGGAUUAAAAAUUGUCUUCAUAUAACUGAAAUAAUAGCAUAGAAUAAAAUUUAAGCAUUAGCUAAUCCUUUCAUAACUAUAACAAAAAAUUAUUCUACAGAUGCCAAGAUAAUUGAAUUGCAUUUACUAUAGUUUAUUUUACAUGGAAAUUAAUGUUUGAUAAAAAGUAAUUUAUAACAAUUGUAUGUAAAAAAGACCAAAAUAACUAUCUCAACUGAUAUCAAAAUAUAAAUAUAUUUAAAUUGCUUAAAAAAGGGACAGUUUUUUAAAAUAUUGAUAAAACCUUAGUUGUGAAUUAUAUAUGUUAUUUAUAUUAAAU